AUGGUCAAGAGCGACAUCAGGGACGGGAAGCGGCUGUCGGGCGCCGCGGCCAGAGGCGAUCUGACCGAAGUCAAGAGGCUGCUCGACCAGGAGAGGGUGAACGUCCACACGGUGAACGAGUUCGGGAAGACGGCUCUGCAGCUAUGUGUGUUCCCUGGAAACAGUUGCAGUCUGGCUGUGCAGUUGGCAGAAGUUCGAGAGAGCGUCCUCAUCAUUUCCACCGACCCGGCCCACAACAUCUCUGACGCCUUCGAUCAAAAAUUCUCCAAAGUGCCGACCAAAGUAAAAGGCUAUGACAACCUGUUUGCCAUGGAGAUUGAUCCGAGCCUGGGAGUGGCGGAGUUGCCGGAUGAAUUCUUCGAGGAGGAUAACAUGCUGAGCAUGGGCAAGAAGAUGAUGCAGGAGGCGAUGAGUGCUUUCCCGGGCAUUGAUGAAGCUAUGAGCUACGCGGAGGUCAUGAGGUUGGUGAAAGGCAUGAAUUUCUCGGUGGUCGUGUUCGACACGGCUCCAACCGGACACACACUGCGCCUCUUAAACUUCCCCACGAUUGUGGAGCGAGGACUCGGGAGGCUGAUGCAGAUUAAGAACCAGAUCAGCCCGUUCAUCUCUCAGAUGUGCAGCAUGUUGGGACUGGGCGAUAUGAACGCAGAUCAAUUGGCUUCAAAGCUGGAGGAGACCUUACCCAUCAUCCGAUCUGUCAGCGAGCAGUUCAAAGACCCGGAGCAGACCACGUUCAUCUGCGUGUGCAUCGCCGAGUUCCUCUCCUUGUACGAGACCGAACGACUGAUUCAGGAACUGGCCAAGUGCAAGAUCGACACCCACAACAUCAUCGUCAACCAGCUGGUGUUCCCUGACCCUGGCGACAGACCCUGUAGGAUGUGCGAGGCUCGCCACAAGAUCCAGUCCAAAUACCUGGACCAGAUGGAGGACCUGUACGAAGAUUUCCACAUUGUGAAGCUCCCGCUCUUGGCUCACGAAGUCCGAGGUACGGACAAAGUCAACACCUUCUCCAAACUGCUGCUGGAACCUUACAAACCGCCCAGCAAAUGACGAACUCUCUUCCCCCAGUCCCUGAGGCCGACACUACGGAGAAGCCACUUUUCUAAUUUAUUAACACUGUUUGACGCAAGGGGAGAAGGGGGGAGAGGGGGAGAUGCUGUUUAUUCUAUGGU